CAGUAGCUGAGCCCAAUGAAGGGAGGUGGCCUGGCCUAGGGGCGGGACCCUGGGGGCAAGGGAGACACCGGGGCGGGGUGCCACGCUGUGGCCCGCCCAGGGGCGGGUCCUGGGGAGCUGGCUGGGCGCUUCGGCCGAGGCCCGGAAGUGGACGAGGGCGGCCUGGGUUCCCGCUGCCUACCUGCCAUGGACGAGGCUGACCGACAGCUCCUGCGGCGAUGCCGGGUGCAGCUCGUCGGCGAGCUGCAGGUGGCCGAUCUCUGGGACGUCCUGCUGAACCGCCAGCUCUUUAAGCCAGACAUGAUCGAGGACAUCCAGCGGGCGGGCUCCGGGUCCCGGCGCGACCAGGCCAGGCAGCUGAUCACGGAUCUGGAGACUCGAGGGAGUCAGGCCCUGCCUUUGUUCAUCUCCUGCUUAGAGGACACAGGCCAGCACGACCUGGCUUCAAUGCUGAGAACCAGUCGACAAGCAGCAAAGCGGGAUCCUGAGGCCAUCAGACCCCGGGACCUGCAGCCUGUGGUGGUCGGCCCCGUGGGCCUCGGACCGGAGGAACUGAGAGGGGUGAGGCAGGACCCACUGAAGCUGACCUCAGGCAAACUCACCCCAGUAGUGCUGGGGCCAGAAGAGCUCUGUUCCACCAAGCUCAGACCAGAGGUUCUCAGACCAGACGUGCCCAGGCCAGUGGAUGCUCCUUCCGGAGGAUUCGAUGGCAUCCGUACACAGGAGACUUCGAGGGGAAACGCUGAUUUGGCCUACGUCCUGGAUGCAGACCCCUGUGGCCGCUGCCUCAUCCUCAACAACGUGAACUUCUCCCCGACGUCGGGGCUCAGCACCCGCUCCGGCUCCAACAUCGACUGCGAGAAGUUGCGGAGACGCUUCCACUCGCUGCACUUCGAGGUGGAGGUGGAGCACGACCUGACCGCCAAGCAAAUGGGCCAGGCUCUGCUGGCGCUGGCGCGGCGGGACCACGGCACCCUGGACUGCUGCGUGGUGGUCAUCCUCUCUCACGGCUGCCAGGCCAGCCACCUGCAGUUCCCCGGGGCCGUCUAUGGCGUAGAUGGCGGUCCUGUGUCCAUCGAGAAAAUCGUGAACAUCUUCAAUGGAACUGGCUGCCCCAGCUUGAGAGGGAAGCCCAAGCUGUUUUUCAUCCAGGCCUGUGGCGGAGACCAGAGAGACAGGGGGUUUGAGGUGGUCUCCACUGCCCCUGAGGACAGGGCCCCUGGCGGGAACCCGGAGCCAGAUGCUGCCCCGUUCCUGGACAAGCCAGGCGCCUGUGACCAGCCAGAUGCCGUGUCUAGUUUGCCCACGCCGAGUGACAUCUUCGUGUCUUACUCCACCUUCCCAGGGUUUGUAUCCUGGAGGGACCGCAACCGUGGCUCUUGGUAUGUGGAGACUCUGGAUGGCGUUUUGGAGCAGUGGGCUCACUCGGAAGACCUGCAGAGCCUCCUGCUCAGGGUCGCUCAUGCUGUUUCGGAGAAAGGGGUUUACAAACAGAUCCCUGGUUGCAUUAAUUUCCUCCGGAAAAAACUCUUCUUUCGAACUUAGUGGAGCCACGGCCCGGACCCUGCCUCGUCCUUUACCCCCAAGCCUGCCUUCCCCCUCGCCCGGCGUUGGCCGAGACCUGGGCUUCCCUUCAGCCACGGCUGUCACGG